AUGGGGCUGAGAUACAAGCAGGUGGAUGACAAAGUUACACUUGAAGGUUUUGAAGAUGCAAAUUAUGCAACAAGUAAGGAUACAAGGAAGUCAACUACUUCAUAUGUUUUCACAACAAAUAGAGAUUGCAUAUGUUGGAAGUCCCAACUACAGUCAGUGGUGUCACUAUCAACAACGGAAGUUGAGUUCAUGGCCACCACCGAAGCAUUCAAAGAGUCAAUUUGGUUACAAGGAGUGUUGCAUGAGCUGAAGAUGAUGAAAGAAAAAGCAAAUAUAUUCUUAGAUAGUCAAUCUUCAAACACAUUGACAUUCGUUUAUUUUGGAUAA